GUCCUGUUUUCAUUUCCUCUUGGAGCUGACAGCUGGCCUCCAACGAUGUUGUCGCCCAAACAGUUCCACAUUGCCGCAGCAAUCGCCUUUUUGCUGGUGGUAUGCUAUGCUGAGCACCAUACUGAAAGCAACACUGGCAAACCUGGAGUCACUGAAUUUCCUGCUAACAGAGCAAAGCCUACUGCUAAAGCAGGCCCAGGACCUCAAGCCCCACCAAAACCCAUGACAACUCCAGGAAAAAAUAAGAUUCUUGCGACAGUGAAGCCCGUGGCUGGACAAGGCCCACCAAAACCCAUGACAACUCCAGGAAAAAAUAAGAUUCUUGCGACAGUGAAGCAAAUGGCUGGAGAAGGCCCACCAAAACCCAUCACAAAACCUGCUGGAAAAAAUGAGAUGAAUGAGCCAAUGUGGCCAAUGGCUGGACAAGGUCCCCCAGAGAUACUAAAUUUCCUUAAAAACCUUUUUGGAAAAGACGGGCCUAUGGGGCCAAUGGGGCCAAUGGGUAUGCCAGGCCUACCUCUUCCUUGUGUUCAGUUACUAGAAGCCUUCAAACAAUCAAUAAACAAAACUGACAAAGUGGCAAAAGCUCUUGCUUUUCUUGGAGUCUUAACAACAUCUGGAGGAAAAAUUUAUUCAACCAAUGGAGAAGAAGCUGAUUUUAUCACCACUGUGGAAGUGUGCAAACAGGCGGGUGGGCACAUUGCAACUCCCAAGAGUAAGGGAGAAAAUGAUGCUAUUUUAAAAAUUCUGGAGGAGCAUGAACAGGAAUGUUCCUAUCUGGGCUUUCAGGUGGAUCCAAUUCCAGGCAAAAUCACUUGCCUGACGGGAAAUCCCCUAAAUUAUACAAAUUGGCUUCCAGAUGAGCCCAGCUACAAUGAGGAAGAAAAAUGUGUGCAGAUGUGCACUGGUGGUACCUGGAAUACCACAAUUUGCAACCAGCACAAAUUCGUUAUCUGUCAGUUUUAAUCCUUGCUCCUCCAUUUAAUAUAUCAGAAAUCUGUAGAGUCUCUGGAAUGCUUUUUUUCAUCCACAGACAAGAAUCUGUUUUCUCAGCAUUGUAAUUAGUGGCUUCUAUGGUUAUUCUGUUGGAGAAAAAAAUCAAUAAAGUCCUCAUGCAUUAA